GCUAAAGCAACUAUUUUAGGAAAAAGAAAGAAUAUAGAGUGCAAAAACGAGAGUACAAAUGUGCAAUCUCAUGUGUCGGCAACCCUAGCAACCACACGUUUAUAUUCUAUUUAUAUCUUCUCUGCCUCCUUCACGUAGAACUUACCACUUCGCCUCAAUGGCUUUCUUCCGUUUUCUUUCCAAAUUAGGAUUUAAGGAUGAGAGUUGUCUAAGCUUCUGGUUUGAGUUUAAGGAUGUUGUAAAACUUGAUGUUGCUGAUUGCUUGUGUUUGUUGAAUUAGAUCGAUUUUCGACCGUGGUUUCUUUGUAUAAGAAUUUGGGUUUCUAUAAUUUAUUAGAUAUGUCACAGAUGCCCUUUGCAGAGGGUAUAGUUUUAUACGCGAUGUUAUAAAUGCUUUUUGCAAAUGGAAUAAUUUUAUAUGCGGUGUUAUAGAUGCCCUUUGCAAAGGGAAUAAUUUCGUAUGCUGUGUCAUAGAUGCCUUUUGCAAAGAGGAUGUUUUUGUGAGAGCUUUGAUGAAUUCGCUUCUGAAGCCGUCAUUCCUCCGGACAAUAUCCUAGCAAUAUUCAGGAAUCUCGGAUUCCAACUAACCUCGUCACCCUCUCCUAACCAUAGAGUCUACAGGCUUGGAGUUCUGCGUUUCUCGUGGAGUCUAUUGCUUCUACAUCUCAAAAAAUGGAAGCGAUAUGAAGUCAAAUUGCAGAGUUGAUUCAAAAGUGAUAAACUCGAAGCUAAAUUUGCAAAAAAUUAUGAAGAUAACACAUGGUGCAAUCCGAUGAUGAGGAAGAGACUGAAUCUGAUGUGAAUUAGAUUGUAGUGGUUGUUUGUAAUCGUUGUUGAUUAUCACAUUUAGACUAUUGAGACUUGAAGUUUGUAAGACACUAAAUCUGAUGAGGAUUAAAUUGUAGUGGUUAUUGUUGUUGAUUAUGAAUUUUUCAUGAAAUUGAAUCUGAUGAGGAUUAACUUGUAGUGGUUGUUGAUUAUCGUUGUUGAUUAUAACGUUUAGACUAUUUAGAUAUGUACAACCUUUUGCUUUAUUAGUGAAAAUUGUUUGUAUUAGAUUCUGUUUUUACCUCUUACAAAAUUAGCAAAGAAAUUGUCCGUUCUUUCUCUAUACACAUUCCUAAAUUUGUUUCACAGGUUUGUUCAACAAAGAUAUUGAAGAACAUUGUGGAUACUUUUCCGUUUUAAUUAGGGAUGGCGUUCGGUUCGGUUCUUCGGUUUCUUGAAAGUCGGUAUGAAGUUUGGUUUUUCUAAUUUUUUUUUGGGUAUGGGCUUGAUUAAUAAGUUACUUUUUUAAUUAAAAAUAGGCUACUUAUGCUUUCUAAUUCAUAAAAAGCAAUUUUAAGUUGUGUUCCAAGAAAAUUGACUUAUGACUAGUACUGAACAAAAGGCUAAAUAGUGGUAACUUUAGCUUUGACAUUCAUGCUAGAGAUUGAACUCUUUAACCUUAGAAAAAAAAAAAGAUGAUCUCUUUAAUCAUUGAGGUAUUGGAAGAAUGUUGUUUAUAAUGUGAUCAGAAAGUUGUGCGGGUCUUUUGAAAUUCAGGAAGUAUAUGCACAAGACUAGUACUUCUUUUUAAACUCACCUAAAUUUGGACUUGUAUGUAUUUCUGGAUAACUCUGUUGGUGUCAAACCGGAUAUUGGAGGAGAGCUGUAAUAAGUAGACUGGCAAAUAAAACCAGUCAAUUUUCAAAGAAUCAUCAUAAUUCUGGGUACUGAAGUGAAACGGAUCCAAAUGGAUAUUAAUGAUUGUUUUUGUUGUAUGUUUUCUUGGGUAAAAUGUAUUGUAGUACUUAACUAAAGCUUUAUAGUGGUCAAUUUAGCUUUGAUAUGUAUGUUUUCACGGAUGAGUGGUCACUUAGGUUUGGGGGAUGCAAAGCCAGAAGAUAUAUCAGAUGAUACUAUACAAUCUGUUGUUGAGGCUUUAAAAGCUUCUUCUUCUCUUAAGAUUUCGGAAGAUGGGAAGAGAGUUGGUAGAGUCAGCGAGCUUGCAAAGCCUGAGGAGGUUAUUGAGCAAAUUGAUGUUAGGACGAUUGCUGCUUCUCCAUUGGAAUACAGUGUCAAGCUUGAAGAUGUUGAGUCCUUCUUUAGUCAGCAUGGCAAGGUUAACAGUGUGAGACUGCCUCGUCAUGUAGCUGACAAAAGGGUGUUUUGUGGCGCUGCUCUGGUUGAGUUCUCCAGUGAAGAAGAUGCUGCUAACAUUGUGAACCAAAACUUGGUUUACGAAGGAGUCGAAUUAGAACUGAAACCAACGUUUGUUCAACAAAGAUAUUGAAGAACAUUGUGGAUACUUUUCCGUUUUAAUUAGGGAUGGCGUUCGGUUCGGUUCUUCGGUUUCUUGAAAGUCGGUAUGAAGUUUGGUUUUUCUAAUUUUUUUUUGGGUAUGGGCUUGAUUAAUAAGUUACUUUUUUAAUUAAAAAUAGGUUACUUAUGCUUUCUAAUUCAUAAAAAGCUAUUUUAAGUUGUGUUCCAAGUACUUAUGCUUUCUAAUUCAUAAAAAGCUAUUCUAAGUUGACGUCAUUUACUUCUCAAUUUUCAUCUCUUGUUAACAUAUUUUCUGCACUGGCUUACAGUUUGGGGUAUGUAAUGAUAACUUUAUUGCACCCCAA